AUGGCAGCUUAUGCAGCCCUUGUUUCACUAAUGAAUAUGAUAGAUUCCAUCAAAAACCAUCAUUCCCCUCCCAUCUCUCUCCACAAACCCCAAAUUCAGUCUCUCAUUGAAUAUGGUAUAUUCCUACUGGAAUUUCUCCAAGCAUACAAGUCCCCUGUUCCUAACCACGACGAAGCAGAUCCAUUGGAGAUGCGUAUUGCUGAUGCAGCUUAUGCGGCUGAAGAUGUUAUUGAAUCUCAUAUUGUCCACAAAAAUCAGCUCACUAGAUCCAUUAAAGAUGCAACUUAUGCGGCUGGCAGAUCCGAAGUAACCAAAAUCAGAUGCUCCUUCAAUUGCUUUCGAGGUACCAAGGAUUCGAGAAAUGUCUCAUCAAAUCAUAAUGAUGAUGACGAUGAUGAACCGAACAAGUUGCAUCAAGAUAUGCAAAAUGUGAUAGAAGAAAUGGAUCGGAUUAAGAGAGUGGCUAUGGAGACCAACGCAGAGGAGGUGGUGGUGCUAUGUGAUCAACGGCGUAGAUCUGUCUCUUCUUCCAUUGGGAGGAAGAGUACUGGCACAAUGGUAUUCUCUGAUCAUGUCUUACAUGGGAUCAUGGAAAAGCUCGUUGCGGAUGAACCUGGACGCCAAGUCAUUCCCAUCACAGGAAUGGGCGGGAUAGGUAAGACUGCUCUUGCUCAAACUGUUUAUUCGCAACAAGUUAUUAAGGAGCGAUUUGAUAUUUGUGCUUGGGCUACUAUUUUUGAACAUUACAACACGAGAGAAAUUUUAUGUGAACUUGUUUCUCAAGCCACUAACAAAGACAAGAAACAAUUAAGUGAAAGCAGUGAAGAAGAAUUAGGAUUAGAGCUCUACCAAUAUUUGUCGGGUAAGAGGUUUCUAAUUGUAAUGGAUGAUAUGUGGAAUAUUGAGUCUUGGAAUGAGAUACAAUAUUUCUUUCCUAACAACGAGAAUAACAGUCGAAUAAUGGUGACGACUAGGCUAUCACAAUUGAGCUCACAAUUAAAUAGUCAUUAUAGCCAUCAAGUGGAAUUUCUUGAUGAGGCGAGCAGUUGGAUCCUAUUAUCCAAAAUAGUGUUUGGAGAUGAACGUUGUACUCUUGAAUUGGAGAAAAUUGGAAAGGAAAUUGCAAACAAUUGCAGAGGGCUCCCUCUAUCAAUUGUUGUAGUGGGUGGUCUUUUGAAAAAUAUGGAACAAUCACAAGAAUGUUGGGCAACAAUAAGGAACAACUUAACUUCAGUAGUAAAUUUGGACAAUGAUCAGGAUUGCUUGAAAUUGUUGAAAAUGAGCUACAACCAUUUGCCCGUUCACUUAAAGCCUUGUUUUUUAUACAUGGGGGUGUUUGAGGAAGAUGAUGCGAUUAGCGUCUCAACACUCGUCAAACUGUGGGUUUGUGAAGGAUUUCUUAAACCAAUAGAUGGGAGAAGUUUGGAAACAAUUGGGAAAGGGUUUGUAAAGGAUUUAAUAGACAGAAAUCUCAUUCUAGUUGAUGAAUUGGGAUCUACUGGAAACAUAAAACUAGUUAAAGUUCAUGAUUUGGUAAGAGACCUCUGUCUAAACCAGGCCAAGAAAGAAGGGUUCUAUCACGUGAUAGGAGAAUAUAGUCCUCGAGGCGUAAAUAUCCAACGCCGCAUUGUUAUACGCAAGACUAUUUCAAAGGAUAAACUCCUUGAUGACUUGCAAUGUAUGUCACAUGCUCGUUCCGUUAUUUGCGAGCAUGGGAAAGUUCCAUUAUGCCAGAAUUUUGAAUUGUUGAGGACAAUUCAUGCAUACAAAUUCCGUACAUUCGAAUACGAAAGAUACGUGAAUUGCCUUGUGUCUGGAUAUGUUAACUUGCGACAGCUCGCUGUGAAAGCUGCUAACAUGUCCUCAAUAUUUUCUUCUUUCAAUCACUUUUGGAAUUUGCAAACAUUGAUUGUUUCUUGUCCAUGUGAGUCUAUUGGGCCUACUGAGAUGUGGAAAAUGCCUCAAUUGAGGCAUAUAGAUUUUGGAAGAAGAUUGCUUCUCCCGGAUCCUCCGAGUGAUGCUGGAGUCAUGGAGAAUCUAGUGGUACUUGAAGGAGCACUUAAUUUUAAGUGCGAUAAAGAAGUGGUUAAGAGAAUUCCCAAUAUCAAGAAAUUGAGGAUAAGAUAUUCAGGGAGCAAGGGAAUGGACGAUGAUGAUUAUUAUUGUUUGAGCAAUAUUAAAUUUCUAUGUAAAUUAGAAUCUCUUCAUAUAUCGUCUUGGUACGAUUUUAGUGGGAAUGCCUCUUUGUAUAAGAUUAUCUUUCCCCGAACACUCAAGAGUUUGACUCUUGAUAUGGAAGAUCACUUUGAAUGGGAAAACGUAUUGCAAAAGAUAGGUUCGUUGCCCCUUCUUGAGAAGUUCAAGUUGUGGGAAGGGUGUUUUGGAACAGGCAAGUGGGAAAUAUUUGAUGGGCAAUUCCCUUGCCUCAAAUACUUGGGAUUGUUUUCGAUUCCUAGCCUGAAACAAUGGACUGCUGAAGCGAGCUCCAUCUUUCCACGACUGGAGAAACUACGUCUUUUUCAUAUAAAUGGAUUGAAGAAUAUCCCGUCUGAAAUUGGGUACAUACCGACGAUCCAAAAAAUAUGGAUGGAUUUUUGUGGUGAAUUAGUCGUGACAUGUGCGAAAGAGAUUGUAGAAGAACAAAUGUAUUUACAAGGGGACGAUCUUCCCUUUCUUAUUCAGGUUCGGCUUCCGCGUAAUAGAAAUGAAGCAUUGUUGAAUUUGGCAGGUCCUAACUUUGAAGUUGUAUAA